UUUUCCUCCUGGCUGUGAGAAGGAAUGAAGAGCCGCCACCGAUGAAGAGCCGCCACCGCCUCUCUGCCAGCGCAACGCCCGCACCAUCUUGCCCGGCAACCAUGCGACGAUGCAGAUCAAGACGGCACUGUGCACAGCGCUCGAUGCCGUACCUGCAUCUACUGAGGAGCAUGCUGCUUCUCGCAGUCCUCCCCCUCAUCCAGACGCUCGCUUUCGUUCUGCGGCCUGCAAGCCGGUUUGUCUUGCGAAGGCCGGCAGCAUUUGAUCUCUCGUCAAGGCGGCCAUCGCCAUCCCUGCCUGUCCGUCGGGGUCCAUCGAGGCGGCCGGCGGUGACGAUGGUGUUUGAUUCGAUAACGUCCAAGAUCACGGGCAUUCUGGACACCAUUCGCGGCGCCGACAAGCUGACGGCCGAGAACAUCGAGGAGGCUGUGCAGGAGAUGCGCAAAGUGCUGCUCGACGCGGACGUCAACUUCCAGGUGAGAUGGAUGAGAGAGAGCUUUCAGUCGCCGCACACACAUGGACGGAUGGAUGGAUGGAUGGAUGGAUCUCUUCCUUCCUGUUUGGCAGGUGGCCAAUUCUCUGGUCAAGGCCGUGAAGGAGAAGGCGGUAGGCGAGCGGCGCAUCGACAAUGUCAACCCAUCCCAGCAGUUCGUCAAGAUCCUCUACGACGAGCUCGUCGACAUCAUGGGCGGCGACGAGGCGCCCAUCGCCACCUCAGCCACCGACCAGCCUACCGUCCUUCUGCUGGCAGGGCUGCAGGGAGCCGGCAAGACUACUGCCGCAGCCAAGCUCGCCCUCUACCUGCAGACGCCCCAGACGAGACUUGACGCGAGCGGAGAUGCGGAGGGGGGCGAGGGGGAGGGGGGAAAGGGCACCAUGACUAAGCCGCGGAAGGUGCUGCUGGUGGCUGCUGACGUGUAUCGCCCGGCUGCUAUCGAUCAGCUGCAGAUACUGGGCGAGAGAGUUGGGUGUGAGGUCUUCACGAUGGGGCAGGAUGUCGACCCUGUGGACAUUGUCAAACAGGGAGUGGCAUACGCCAAGGAGCAGGUGCAGUGCAUGCCAAGAGGAACGAACAGCAGCACACACGCAUCCUCCCUCUUGUCGGUUCAGGGCUAUGACACGGUCAUUGUGGACACUGCCGGCCGGCAGGUGGUCGACGACGCCCUCAUGGCGGAGCUCAAGCGCAUCAAAGAGGCAGUGCCGCCAGACGAGGUGCUUCUGGUGGUCGACGCCAUGACCGGCCAGGAGGCGGCUUUGCUCACACAGACCUUCAACGAGCAGAUCGGCAUCAGUGGGGCCAUUUUGACCAAGCUGGAUGGCGACACGCGAGGCGGCUCGGCCUUGUCAGUGCGGGGUGUGUCUGGCAAGCCCAUCAAGUUCGUGGGUGUCGGCGAGGGCAUGGACAAGCUGGAGCCCUUCUACCCCAAACGCAUGGCCUCCCGCAUCAUCGGCAUGGGCGACGUCGUGUCGCUGGUCGAGAAGGCGCAGAAGCAGAUGAGCGAGCGGGACGCCCUGGAUCUGACCAAGAGGAUUCAGAAAGGGCAAUACGACUUCAACGACUUCAUGAAGCAGAGCGACAUGAUCAACAAGAUGGGCUCUGUGGGGCAGUUUCUGUCUUACAUUCCCGGCAUGAGCAACAUGGUCAGCCGUGACCAGAUCAAGACCAUGAGCAAGAAGUUCCGCAAGUACCGCACCUUCAUCGACGCCAUGACAGAGGAAGAGCGUGAGUCGCCCGAUCUCUUCACCAAGGAGAAGGGCGCGCAGCAGCGCAUGAGGCGGCUGGCUGACGAGACCGACGAGCCUAUAGAGGAGGUGCAGGGGUUUGUGCGGGACUUCAUGAAACAGCGUCGGCAGAUGAUGCUCAUGUCGCGGCAGAUGAUGGGCGGGGCGGACCUAGACAAGGCGGCGAGCGGCGACGAGACCGCUCUGCAGACAAUGCAGGAGGGGAACAGGAAGCAGAGGAGGGAGGCAGCAAGGAAGGCGGCCAAGAAGAAGAAGAAACUGACGGGGUUUGGAUGAGAUGAGUGAGGGCGGGACAGGCAUGCCCAUCCGGGGAGGAUGGGUGGAUGGACAGAUGCCCGCAUCGCAUGUGUGUGAGGC